AUGUCCCAAUACCUCAUCGAACCAAAUCAAGACACCGACUACGUGAUCAUGGUAUCAAUGUACGAAGUCUACAACGACCGUAUCUUCGACCUCCUCUCCACUCCCAGCACCGCACCGAACGCAAUGUCAACCCGAGCUGGCGCCGCCAUCCAGAAGGGUCUAAUGCGCCGCCCCCUCCUGUUCAAGAACACCGAGCUAUCACCCGACCGCAAAGUCGUCGCCGGCCUCCGCAAGAUCGUCUGCGGCACCUACGAGGAAGCCAUGAUGGUCCUCGAGACCGGCCUCAACGAGCGCCGCGUAGCCGGCACUGGCAGCAACAGCGUCUCCUCCCGCAGCCACGGCUUCUUCUGCAUCGACGUCAAACGCAAUCCUCAUGGCCGCCACAACGGUCGUCUCUACGCGAUGGAGAACUGGUCCGGCGGCACGCUCUCGAUCGUCGACCUGGCUGGCUCCGAGCGCGCCCGUAACGCCAAGACCACAGGCUCAACCCUCGCGGAAGCCGGCAAGAUCAACGAGAGCCUCAUGUACCUAGGUCAAUGCCUACAAGUGCAAUCAGACUGCCAGCACGACGGCUCCAAACCCAUCGUGCCCUUCCGGCAGUGUAAGCUCACCGAGCUGCUCUUCUCGAACUCCUUUCCCUCCUCCUCAAACCCAUCCGCAGCACCAAAGGCGCCUCAAAAAGCAGUGAUGAUCGUCACCGCCGACCCGCAAGGCGACUUCAACGCCACCAGCCAGAUCCUGCGGUACUCUGCCCUCGCCCGCGAAGUCACUAUUCCGCGUGUGCCCAGUGUAACGAGCCAGAUCGGUGCGCCGCUCCGCUCACCUACAGUAAAUAGCCACAACGGUCGUUCGUCGCCAGGAGACAACUACUUCGCCUCCCCGCAAGAGAUCGAGCACCUGACCAACUCGUUGACCCGCCUGUCCGAAGAAUGCGAUGCCCUCGCUCUACGCUUGGCAGAAGAGGAAAUCAAACGCUCGGAAGCAGAACUGCGAUUAGCACUAGCGGAAGAGAAAGCCGAGGACCUCGAAGCACAAGUCAGAGAGGAGUGCUGGGCAGAGAUGGAAGAGAUGUUAGUAAGGGAGAAGGAAAGAUGGAGGGUGGCAUGGGAGGAGGAGCGGAGGAGAGGGGAGAGAUUCUUGGAUGGGAAGCUGGAUAUUGUUGCUGGAAGGGGAAUGGGGAGUCCGGUCAAGACAAGUCCGGUCAAAGUGCGGUGA